AUGCUACUGGAAUGGUGCACGCUCAGUCCUGCAGGCCCGUCAAUGCUCUCUGCUAUCAGAUUCUCGUCACCAAGCAGAGUGCAUUCGAUCAAGAUAUUUCCCACAGACGUGCAGCCCUUUGGUCAGUGUCCAGACACCAUCGCAGAUAACCAUAUAGUCGGCCGCACAGGACCAGAAGCGCCCUUUCUUGAUGUAUAUUUCAAUGCCUACCACGUGAGCUCACUGGUGGACGCGAAGCAAAAGCUCAAGGCACCUAAUGCACUCAUGCCAACCGUCAUCCCAUACGCAGGCGGUGUAGUGGAAUAUGCAGUGAACAUGGGCUCUGAGUUCGCGACUCGUUCAACGAUUCCAACUGCUGAUUCUCCCUUACCCACCCAUCCCUCUGUUUUCCUCGUGCCUGCCUUAGACGCUGCAAAGAGUAACGAACCAACUGCUCUUGCGAGGAAUUUGCUGGCACUCAUUCCCAAUGCGCCCUCCCUUUCCCUCGUCAUCCGCCUUAUGUUCUGCCUCAAGCAACCUGAUGAUGAUUAG